AAUGUAAUUACUUAGAAAGAUGCUAUUUUGAACAAAAUAUCAUUGAACAUAGGGCUUCGUUAUAUUAUUCUUUGACAUAAAUUCUGUGUUUUUAUGAGUUCUCGUAGGUUUCCAAGCAAGAUAUAAAUACAACAUUUUUGUGUGCUUUACUACAAUCAAAAAGUAUAUAUAUAUAUAUGUUUUUGUAAUUUUGAAACUGAAAAAUAUUAUGUUUUAUAGAAGCAAACAGAAAAAUGAAAUACAAUUGUCAAUUUUGUGAGCACACUUCAGUUUGUUUUAAGUGGCUUAUUAAACAUAUGUGGGAUUUCCAUUCAUUAUCUCAAAAGUUUGCUGUUGUUUGUGGCGUUUCCAGUUGCAUAAAAAAAUUCAGAAAUGAGAAAAGUUUUCUGAGACAUCUGAAAUUAAAACAUGGAAACUUUUACCUUAAUCAUAUGAAAAGGUAUACAACUGAUUUUCCUGAAGCAGUGGGUACUUCAAAGCAGACUGAAGAUGAUGUAAAUUAUGAGACACUCAUCAAAAAAGAUGCUAAUGAGGUUGAAUUGGAGGAUACCUGUUUUGAUGAUGUAUCUGAAUGUUCACCACUGUCACUUGAUUUCGAUUCAAUCAUUGCUGAUAUACUAGUCGAACUCAGAGAAAGGUAUUAUGUAACUCAAAACGCUGUUUCAUUCAUUUGUGAAAAAGUGUGCAAUAUUCUUUGCAUUGAUAGAGAAGUGCACAAAAAGCAAAUUGUUAAUUCACUAUAUGAUAAUCCUGGACCCUUAAUUCAUGAAGAGACAAAAAUAUUUCUUGAUUGUGAAAGUCCUUUCAAAAAAUCGCUUGAUAGAUUCCGAAAUGGGACAGUCUUGACUAAUUUUGUUGCAAAAAAGCCUGAGUAUGUGGCCCCCAGUGAAGUUUUUCUUGGUUACAGUGACAGUGGUUCAAAAGAAACCAUGCAAUAUGUCCCCAUUUUCGAGACAUUGAAAAGUAUGUUAUGCCAUGAAGAUGUGUUGGGUGAAGUUUUACAGCCGGUGACAGUGGAAUGUCAGAAUGGAAGAUUGAAUCGCUUUUCUGAUGGAUCAUUGCAUCAAGCUAAUUCCCUAUUUUCUCAUAAGCCAAAUGCACUACAAAUAGUCUUAUAUCAUGAUGAUUUCCAAGUUGCCAACCCUCUUGGGAAUAAAACACAUAAAUGUAAAGUUUCAGGAUUUUAUUUUAUAUUGGGAAAUUUAAAACCAGAGCACCGAUCAAGAUUGAAAGACAUUCAGCUAGCUUUGUUGUGUAAUGCAUCGUUAGUAAAAAAAUAUGGAUAUAAGACAGUAUUAAAUCCCUGCAUUGAAGACAUCAAGAAGUUAGAAGAAUUUGGAAUUGAGAUUGAAUUUGAUCAAUCUUUGAUAAAGUUUUUUGGAUCUCUUUCGAUGCUUGUAGCAGAUAACCUUGCUGCCCAUGCUAUUGGCGGAUAUUAUCAGAACUUUUCCACUGUGGAAAGAUUUUGUCGCGUAUGUAAUCGUGUGAAGUCAAGAAUUUGUGAUAUGACUUGCCAUGAUAUUUUGAGAACCAAGGAGGCAUACGAUGCACAAGUACUGGAAGUAGAAAAAAAUCCAGAACUGACAAAAUUGUAUGGUAUCAAGGAAAGGUCAGUUCUGAACCAGUUAAAAUAUUUUCAUAUAACUACUGGUUGUCCUGGAGAUAUUGCACAUGAUAUUUUUGAGGGUUUUGCUGUGGAUUUUGUUUCAAUGCUGGUUGUUAUUUUUUUGAAAGAUAAAUUGUUAACAAUACCACACAUCAACAAAAAGAUAAAUGAAUUUCCAUAUGCAGAUCGACCUUUAACCCAAUUAAGAUUUAAACAAACAGCAUGUGAAAUGUGGAACUUGCUUCGCUUGUUUCCAUUAAUGAUUGGCAAUGAUAUAGAUCAUGAUAAUGCUGCAUGGAUGUGCUUCAUUCAUUUUCUAGAUAUAGUUGAAAGGCUGUGUGCACCAUCUUUUAAUGAGGAAGAGUUAUGUAAACUUGAGGAAGAAAUCAAAUUUUUUUUCGAAACAUUUCUUACAAUAUUUCCAGAUGACUCAAUCAAACCUAAAGCACAUUUUAUCACUCACUAUCCAAUGAAUAUUCGUCUAUUUGGUCCUCUUGUGAAGACGUUGCGGUUCGAAUCAAAGAAUGGCUACUUGAAGUCUUGUGUAGCUGCAUCACGAAAUACAAUAAAUUUAUGCAAAUCUAUGGCUGUACACCACCAAAUGCUGAUGUAUUUAGAACAUAAAGAAGAUUUUUAUUUUUCAUCAGCUAUAGAAGUCGUUGGAUUAAAGGAAGUUCUGGUGUCCUCGUUACCAGAGAAGUUUUUUGAUUUAAUAAAUAAAAAGUGUUCGAUUUUUGGUGAGUCUAUCAGUGAGGCGCGUGGCGUUACUCAUCAGGGCCAAAAAUACUACAGUGGAGAUGCUGUAGUUUUAUCAUGUUUUGCUGGCAAGGUCGAAUUUGGUGAGAUUAUAUCUGUUUUUAUUGUACAUGAUAUACCCUAUCUUAUGUGCAACAAGUUGGAAGUAUUAUCUUUUGCUAAACAUGUCAAUUCAUUUUCCAUGAAAAGAAUUCCUGAUGUGUAUGCGUUAGUCAGGGUUGAUGAUUUUCAUGAUUACCACCCUCUGGGUAUUUAUCAUUUGGAGGAAAUGUUUAUGCCUCCUCAUCACUACAUUCUAUGCACCAAAUAG